CGCUGGGAUACUUCCCGGGCACGACUCCGGGGCGCAACCCAAACGCUUCGUCUGGUCCAUUGUUCCGCACGAACCCACCGUUGCCGUACACCUGGUGUUUGAUAAAACAAUCUCCGUUUAGAGAGAGAGAGAGAGGAAGACGAAGAGUUCUGGAGAGAGAGAGUGUGUAGCGAAGGAGAGGGUGCAAGAUCUGAUUGAAACCAAGGUUGGCUGUCUUCGUCCGCGGAGGUGAAAUUUGGUGUAUUCGGAUUUUCUCGGCGAAUUGGGGUCUGCAUGAGCCCUAGAAAUUCGACUUGCUGGGUGAAGGUCUAGAAAUUUAGGUUUUGUGGCUUUUCUCAGCUUUUUGGGGUCCAUAAAACCCUAGUUUUGGUUACUUGGUUGGGAUUUGGAAUAAGUGUUGGUAGGGCAAGUGUGCAGAGAAGAAUUAGGGUUUUGGAUGUAUGGCGUCGGGGCCUAUAGUGGGAGGAGAUGAUGGAGCUAAGAGAAGCAGAGAUAUGUGGAGAGCAAGGUGUACACGAGGAAAGCAUAUAAAGGACCCAAGAGCAAAGGUAAUGCCUUGCCCGCCGUUGCUCCCAACACUGCUCCAACAACGACAACUGCUAACAAAGAUGACAACAACAACGGCAUGGUCAAGAAUGAUAACGUUGUAGAGACCGAGAAGAAUGAGAACAACGAGUCGGCUCAGCAACCGUCCCAGACUGUAUUGCCCGGGAACGGAAAUUCGGCUCUGCCACAGCUAAAUUCAAGACCCGACGUGGUUUCAGAUGACUCGUCCACCUUAAACCGUCAGCAGAAUGAACCUUCAAGCCUCAACUAUCAGCAGGAUGAGCAUUCGAGCCCCCAUCAUCAGCUGGACGAGCCUUCGAGUUCUAAUCGACAGGAGGAGGCUACUCCCAGUAUUGGGGAGUUGCCGUCAGGAAAUGGUGUUGUAAAGGCAGGAUUGGAUAAUCGAAUCAGGAUAAACUUGUCCUCAAGAUCAAAGCAAGAGAUAUUGGAGCUCAAGAGGAAGCUUGAAAAUGAGCUUGAUACGGUGAGAAGUUUGGAGAAAAUUGACGUGAAACUGGGACAGAUUGGUGAUUAUGGAAAGUCAAAUCCGGUGGUGAGUGAUAGGAUUGAUAAUGGCAUUGUGGCAAGGCGUGUUCAGUCUGAGGUGGCAUCUGUUGUCCCACGAGAACCUAUCAGGCCUUUGCACCAGUUAAGUUUGUCGGUGCUAGAUAAUAGCCAUGGAACCGGUGAAACUGUUGAGAAGGAGAAGAGAACGCCGAAGGCAAACCAGUUAUAUAGAAAUUCGGAGUUCUUGCUUGGGAAGGAUAAAUUCCCUCCUGCAGAGAGUAAUAAGAAGUCAAAACUGAACGGAAAGAAGCAGGGUGGGGGAGAACUGGGACAUGGUUUUGGAAUGGGAUCAAAAUUUUUCAAAAGCUGUAGUUCAUUGCUUGAGAAAUUGAUGAAGCACAAGCAUGGUUGGGUGUUUAAUGCUCCUGUUGACGUUGAGGGGCUUGGAUUGCAUGAUUAUUUUAGCAUAAUCUCACAUCCAAUGGACCUGGGUACUGUGAAAACUAGGCUUAACAAGAAUUGGUACAAAUCACCCAAGGAAUUUGCAGAGGAUGUGAGACUUACAUUUCACAAUGCUAUGAAAUAUAACCCACCUGGACAAGAUGUUCAUGUAAUGGCAGACCUGCUAUCUAAGAUAUUUGAGGACAGAUGGGCUAUAAUAGAAUCAGAUUACAAUCGUGAGAUAAGAUAUGCAUUGGACUGUAGGACACCUCUACCUGCGCCCUCACCAUUGUCUAGAAAGGCCAUUGCAUUCCCCUCUCUUGAUAUGAGAAGGAUUUUGGAUAGAUCAGAAUCAGUGAUACAAACUCCAAAGUCAGCGCGUGUUACUCCAUCAAGUAGACCUCCUGCUCCAAAGAAGCCGAAGGCAAAGGAUCCUUGUAAAAGAGACAUGACCUAUGAGGAAAAGCAAAAACUUAGUACAAACCUCCAGAGUUUACCUCCGGAGAAGUUAGAUACCAUUGUACAGAUCAUUAAAAAAAGAAAUUCAGCUCUUUCUCAACAUGAUGAUGAGAUUGAAGUGGACAUUGAUAGUGUCGAUGCUGAGACUCUUUGGGAACUUGAUAGAUUUGUGACCAAUUACAAGAAGAGCCUGAGCAAGAACAAGAGGAAGGCUGAACUUUCUAUUCAAAGGGCAGAAUCUGCAAAAAAUGCCCCACAAAAGGCAUCUGAUAUGGUCGAGGUUCCAAAAGAAAAUUUAGCAGAUGAAAGGAAUGUACCCACAUCAUUGCAUGCGCCAGGGGAUAAACCAGUGGACAAUGGUAGUAGGUCAAGUAGUUCUAGCAGCUCAAGCAGUGAUUCCGGGUCCUCCUCAACUGAUUCUGAUACUGAAAGCUCCUCAGCAUCCGGAUCUGAUGCAGGAUCACAAGGAACCUGAUUAUAUUCUGUCAGGUCCUCCGAUGCCUCCUCAACUGUGACAUUGGCUUCCUUGACUUCACUUUCAGCUGUCUUUGCCUUCCCCUUUCUCAUCUGUUACUGCAUUUACCUCUUCCUUUCUUGCCUCUGAUUCCUGCUCUAUUUCAACAGGCUUCCUCUCGUCUUCUUUCUCACCUGCCAACUGAGCUAAGGUUGCUCUUUUCUGCAACGUCAAUUCUUUCAUAAUCCUGACACCUCUUUCAGGCUCGCCGAACAUAGCCUUCAAUUCCCUCAUGUUCCGUUUCAAACUUUUUGCACAUUCUUCCAUUUUUUGCCCCUGAUCAGAACUGGUCUGAUACCAAAUGAUAAGGACCCACUACUGUAACAAGCUGACAUUAAGACUAAAACCAGAAAUAGACAAUAGGGAGUGGGAAUAACGUGAGAUUGAUGAUACUAUUACUGAAUAACUGAAUCAGUUACAAGGGAAAUAAUGAUCCAAGCCAAUCCCAUAUCCCUCAUACACACUGUUACAGAGGUUACAAACACAUAACAGUGACAGAAAUACAAGAACAGAACAAAAUAUGCUUGCGUGUACAAGGCAAUGCUUCUGGCUUUCAAGAGGUCAGAUCUCUCUUAAUCCUCACUAUGCUUCCAAAAGACUAAAUUCCCCUCUUUCUGGCGGAAUUGGAGGAUUUGAAGACCAAAAAGCUGCAACACUGCCUACACUCUAGCUGCACCUCAAACCAACUCACACCCCACUUAUUUUCCCUGAUGGCCAGGAACCUUGGGAUAACUCUCUUAUCUGCUGGAGUUGCUCUUUCCUUCACCAUUUCCCUUCCCAUAGGUUCAGCUAUAGGUCCUUGGAAAUGAUUUGUAAAUCUUCUCUGAAUCUUCUGCUCUAUCUUCCUCCUCCCCCGUCCCAAAAAAAACAUGCUGCUUUUUGUUAAGCCUUAACUCAUUUAAAAUAUACUUUUAUAAUGGAUCUAAUUCCUUGCAGGUUGAAUUUCCUCAUUACCAUGUUUUUAAAGCAAGUCCCAGAAUAAUUAUACUUUUGGAAGAAUAUUGCCCUAUGUAAUAUUUGCCUGGAAUAUUCCAUAAACUUUACGCAAUUGCAAAUGUCAAAUUGAUUGACUGACUAUCUGAAGAUUAUGAGAUGAAAUUAUGAACUGCACUAACCCAAAUUCUAACCUUUUAUUGUCAUUUCAU